AUGGCGACGACGACGUCGUCGGCGGAGCCCCUCGUGGUGGGCGUCAUCUUCCCGGCCAAGAAGAUCGCGCGGCUGCAGGAGGUGCUGGACGUGGAGGCGGACGGCGUGCGCUUCGUGCUGAUCGACCUGGAGGCCGCCACGCCCGCGGGCGGCUGCGCUACGGACGCCGAGCUGCAGGCGGCGGUCGAGGGCUUCGCCGCGCGCUACGGGCCGCUGGACGCGCUGCUGCACAAGCUGGCGCACGACAUGGUGUUCGCGGGGCUGGGGGACGAGCGCGCCGCCUGCCGCGUGAGGCUCGUGCAGGAGUUCGUGCGGCGCCACCCGUCGGUGCGCGUGGUGGACCCCAUCGACAGCGUGCGGCUGCUCACGGACCGCCACGCGGCCUGCAGGAUGCUGCAGACGCUGCAGCAGCAGGCGGACGAGGAGGAAGAUGAUGCGGAGCAGGUCCAGAGGUUCAAGGGGCCCAACUUCCGCGUGGUGGAGAGCCCGCAGCAGUUCCAGACGCUGCUGGCGGAGCUGGACGCCGGACGCACGAGGCUGCCGCUCAUCUGCAAGUCCGUGGAGGCCUGCGGUGCGCUGGCGGCAGUUGGAGUUAAUGCAGGCCGAAGUGGAAGCUGA